UUUAUAAAUGCAGUUCAAUACAAUGCAUACCAUUACACACUACACCUAUCAAAGUUCUAUGUUUGUAUAUUUUUCAUUAACUACAGCAGAGCAAAAUAGCUUGACAAACAGAACCUCCAUUACACGCUCCCAAACACGAAACGAUCAAAAGUUGGCGUUACAGAAAAGCUCCAUCUUUCCACUCUCAGGCAAACCUCUAUAUCAAGCAGGCCUAACCUAUAUGUUGUUAAAAAAGGACAUUUAAAAAUGUAGACUGCCGUACCAUGUGCGUUUUAUUACUAUUUGAAAAUAAAUGGAGUCAUUGUAUUGCUUUGUUUGAUACCAGCAGCUGUUCUCCACGGUAGCUGGAGGACGUCCAGAGUUAAUAGGACUGUUAUAAACUGUUGGUAGGGUUGUCAAAGAGGAAGCACGUGUUGUCCACAUUCGAGGCACCUUUCUUAUGCAGAGCUGCGGCGUCGCUCAGCUUGCGAGUAUAAAGACCCAUGCAAGACCAAUCAAGCAAGCUGUCCGACGGACCAUGCCGCUCCUAUGAACUGGACAGACGGUCGUGCGGUGUGUGGCUGCGCGUUUAAGGCGUUGGGCUUGUCCCCGGAGUGUCAUGGCCGCCGCCCGCUGCUGACUGACUGGCUUGGGCCGUGAGGACGCGACGUUCACGCCCGCUUGCCGUGAGAGACCCGAGCGAGAAAGGAGGUCCGAGUUGGGGUAUGAGCAGCUGAACUGGGCGGUCAACAUAUAGGCUGGCUUUACACCAGACAUCGAAGAGCCUUAAAUUAGCCGACCACGCUGAAAUACCAAGCUGAACUCGCUUUCUCGGGCAAUCUAACCAUAGACUUUUCUCUCAGAAGUUUAACUAGCACUGUAAGUGCCCCACUGUUUGACGCCUGCAGCAGGCUAAGUUUUUACUUUUGCUACUAUACUAGCCACAGGUGCAAACAAAAGGUUUGUGUUCGUCAGCUAACAUUAGCUAAGAGUGCAUAUCUCGAAAUGAAUCCCGUUGUUUACGAAUCUUUACCACCUAAAGAUGUAAACCGAUAGAUAAAAGAAACAAGAUCCGUUUAAUGUUUUAAGUUUGGACGCGAAACGCCUAGUUAGCAAAGUACCCGGGAGACAAACGACCUAACCCAGCUAACGCUAGCUAGCUAGUUAAGCUCUUGACAGUUCACAGGAUUAUUUAGUGGACCUGCUGUCGGUUCGCAUCAUAUAUUAAACUGAACUCGAAUCUAGACUAUAUCUGACAUCACACUCUAUCUGGAUGUUACAUUUUUUUUGCUAGUUAAGUGUUCAUUCGAUAUAUAUAACGUUUGCUUUGUAAUAAAGAUGUUGUAGCCAAUUGUGAUUUAAUUUCAGCCACACUAGUUAAUGGGGUUAGCACAGAUAGAUUGUCCUGUUGGCCCGCGUUGGGUAUUUCUGGAUAAAAAUCUCACAGGUUGGUUUGGCACAGUAAUGUGCCAAUCAGUUGUUUAAUGUUGGUUCCAGGAUCAAAACAAAAUGGCCAAUUUAUUAGAAUGUGAAUAUUAGUAAAUGUUUCAUGCGUGCAACCCAGCAAGUAAUAACAUGAUGGUAAUUAUCCUAAAGCAAGGGGUCGAUGAAUUGAACAUGGAAGUGGACCACACCAACAAAAGCAGCCAUCAUGGGGAUAGUGACCAGGCUGGUGAUAAUGAAAGAGGCAACUGGCAUAGACGGCUAAGACUCAGGAAGUCCUCAGCAUCUUCUGUCACUGUGAAAAGGACAAUUGAUGAGGAGAAGGUGGACAUAGCGUUAUCCAAAAAGCCAACCAAAAAUGCACCCCAAAAUAACCAUGUUGUGGACAGUUGUAGCAGAGAGCUCACAUUUACUUGCUCCGAGUGCAACCACAGCACAGUUUUUAGUUCCAGUGAUUUGCUAAACCACUUCAGGAUCUUUCAUGAAGGAAAGCCACCAUUGUUUCCUUGCGACAUGUGCAGCUUUACCACCGCUGAGUUAAAUACCCUCCAACAGCAUCGCACGAAACACAGCAACUCUAAGCUCACAUGUGAGGUUUGCAAUGACGAUACAUUACAGACUGAAUGCCAACUUACAAAACAUUGUAAAACUCAGCAUAACCUAAAUGGUCAGUACCACUGUGAAAAGUGCAAGUUUUCCACAACGGAGUUUAAAAUGUUUAUGAAUCACCCUUGUCCACACAGCACUCUGCCACCCACAGAUUGUACUGAAAAAUCAGGUAUUAGGCCUGGGAAUUGUGAAUUGAAUGGGAAUCUUCUGGCCGAUCCUGCUGAGGAAUCCCAUAAAGAGGAGCGCCUAAAGCAAAUGGCUUCAGCCUGUCAUAGAGGUUGGAGGAGAAAGAACUGGUUGAAAAAAAAAGAGGUUCCUGCAAAAGAACACAACAGUAAUGUGCCACACUUCAAACUCUUACUCCCAAAAGCAGAAACCAAGUGGCCAUCUUCUGGAUUUUUACCUUUCUCAGGUGUAGGUCUGCUUGAUGAAAAUGGCAUCCUGCUAAAUCCAGCAAGGAUCUUAGAGGAGUCCCAGCAGUUUCUGGAGAGGACGGUAAACAGUGGAAAGACAUGGCCAAUAAUUCUAAAAGGGGAACCUGAGUUUGCAUCUCUGUCCUGUACUGGACCCUACCAGUUACAGCCAAAAUCAAAGCCGUAUAGCACAGAACUCCCAGAACUUCAAAGUGCCGGGAAGGAUAAACUUUCAGGGCUCAUGGAAAGGAACAACAUCUCAGUUCCUCCUGAUUGCACUACAAAAGUGAUUGGUUUCAAAAUGGUGGAUGGAAAAAAGCAUCUUGUUCUUAAAGUUAUACCACCGACCAAGCCAGAGAUUUCCUCAGACACAAGAGGAGAGUUUCCAGGUGUAAAUCCAAAUGAAUCAUAUGGUUUAGAAUCAGGAUCUCAGAUCAAGCGAUCUAGUGAUCAGACAUCUACUGAAUCAGGUGACAGCUCAACUAACAAUGCUUCAUUUAAUUAUGAUGAUGCUACCUCAGUUUCAGGCCAACAAGUAAAACAAGGGCAGAGUAAAAAGCAACAAGAAGAUCCAAUAAAUUAUGUUCCUCAGGUAGAUAACACUGGCAGUGAUGGUAAAGAGGCGUGUCAUACCUGCAGUGAAAUUUCAGGGGUAUGUACACAGCUCAUAGCCCCAAGAACAGAGGAGAGUUUUAAUGUAGCAGUUCAAAAGAACAGUAAAAAGCAAUUGACGUCUUUUGAUGUAAUGUCUAACUCUAACACAUAUCACACCAAUGGAGAUAGUAUUCGUAUCUCAGUGGAAGUAAGUUCUGUCAGACAGAUGGAUAUGCAUACUCUCCAUUCAAAGAUGCAGGAACAUAAUAUAGGUUGUCACAGCAGUCUUGCUUCCAGUGCUCCAUUUGAUCUAGGCAGCUUGGAAGAGGGAUUAAAUUCCCACCUGCCAACCCUGAUGUCUGAGAAAGAUGGAAUCCCUCAUGUGGGCAAGAACAACAUGGUUAAGGACUCAUGGGAAGGCUCCAAGGUAACCCAGCCACCUCUGGUUCACUUGAAUGAGCAGAAAGAGAAUAUGCAGUCAACAGCAUUUGUAAGCUUUCUGACAAAUCAAGAGAAGGAAGCCAGUCCUGAGUCAAAGAUGUUGUUUAGUGGAACCAUAGUAUCCCCCCCGCAUAAACAUUCUACUGAGGCACUGUUUAACUGCCCAAGUGAAGAUGGAGGCUUGUUAUUCCAAGACAGUAUCGAUGACUACACAAACAAUGUAUACCCCAGAGAUGCUUCCAUCCCUUUAGAUCAGACCUGUACAACCAAAACUGUAGAGGAACAUAAUUACUUAGCGGUGUUACCACUAGGAAACUCUUGCCAUAAUUCAGAUGUGAAUAAGACACUAGAAAAGCAUCCUGUUACCACCAUCCUGAAUGAUGAUCCUGAAGUUACAUUCACAGGCAUUAAAGCGCAGUCAGUUGAAUUGGGUGGCCUCUCUACCCAACAGGUUGGUCUGAAAUCAACCGAAGCCAUACCUAUAGCAGUGAUGGUGGCCGUCGAGGAGCAGCUUUCACAAUCAAAUGUGUCCUCACUGCCAAUGAAUGAGUCAGUUCUGAACAGGAAGAGACGGGGAGAGCCAAUCACAACAGACUCACAGGAACAGUUCUGUAAAUCUAGGAGGCCAUUGGUGGAAAAUUCACAAGAAAAUGGCACACCAGCAUUUGUUCCUUACUGGGAGCCCAUUCCUCAAGGAUUAGAAAGGACUCUAAGGCUCUUUCCUUUUUGUUACUCGCAAACUAUAAAAGUUCCUCGCCUAAACCAGCCUGUUGUAGUUCUCAAUCACCCGGACACGGAUAUUCCAGAAGUGACCAACAUUAUGAGAGUGGUUCACAGGCACAAAGGGGCAGUGGAGAAGGUCAUGCUGUCUCAGGGAACUCUGAAAGCCCUUUCUGAGCUCGACUGUGACACCUUCCGGAAUAAACCUUCAAUGAACUGCCAUUCUUCACACUGCAGAAGAGAUUGGCCUCAAGGGACAGUUAAAGAAAGGUUCAUUCUGAAUCUGAAGCUAAAAAGGUUAUGUGGUAACAAGUAUAAGGUAGCCGCUUCAGCAAAUAAGACAAAUGGCUUUCAGUCAUCCUUCAGGUGUUGGUUUUGUGGUCGACUUUUUAGAAACCAGGAAACCUGGGUAGGUCAUGGUCAGAGACAUCUGACGGAGGCCACUCGAGACUGGAACAAGCUGUUCCGCAGUGAAAGGCAAUCUAAUGGACCUAUUCAGCUGUACUACCAUUGAGCCUCUGUCGUAACAUGUAACACUGUGAUACACAGGUUUUGAAAAGAUUGAUGAAAAGAUGGGGUAAAAAGAGUUGGUAGUCCGGAUCAGGGUCUAUGUGUGCAGAUCUCAGGGUGGGCCUUAAUUGUCCUUCAGGGUUUUAAGGGUAUACUGUUAUUCGGUGAAGCACUCUUAGUAGUGUUGGAUUGAUUAUUCGUCUCAGGGACUGUUGGCUAACUAAAACAGCAUUAAUUAUUUAUUUUUAAGUAAUAUCUCACUGUGAAAAGCAAUUGCAUUAUUUGUAUAUAAACAGAGGUUUAAAAUGUUUGAUGUGGUCAGACCAAAAUCAUAAUACUGCUGUAGUGUAGCUAAGGCAAGAUUAUUUGCCAAUAUUCCUUUGCUCUUAUUUAAAAAACAAAUAGAAUUAUUUAACUGAAAUUUAAAGACGAGACAAUCUAUUGUAAUGAUUUAUUUAUAGUUUCACCAGCUUCCAAAAGUCAUUAGGAUAAAGUUCAUAAUGAUUUAAUAAUUUGAUUUGAAACCAGAAAAAAAUGGUGUUUGAUUUCUAAUUUGAUUACAGCAUUGAUUCACUGACACAUUCAGAUACAUUCUUGCUUACCGGUUUAUGAGAAGUGUGAUCAUUCUCUUCGUGUCAUUGAGUUUCUCCAUUUUUUUUUAUUGCCUAGAAGUGUCAUGGUCCCAUUCCACUGUUAUGUAGUACCAUAUUUAUGUUGUCAUAUUAGAAUGCUUUUGAACACACUUGAAUUGUGAUAUAGGCUCUUUGGUAUAUAGCCUUAACAGCUGUAGUAUAAGCUUAUAUUUUUCUAAAUGGACGAAGAUAAUUUGGCAGUUGAGCUGCAUGAUUUCUUGACUCUAGGGCACUUAAUUAUUAAUAGUAAUAAUUAUGAAUAGUGGCAUAGUAAUACUUCAUACUUAUAGUUAAUAGUAAUAAUUGCUUUUGCAUAGCACAGGUGUGUACUGUUAUUUUUGUCUGUCAAAUGGUUGUUUAACCUAUAGACCAAUUGAAUUUCUGCUGGAGUUAAAAUGGUUUCAUGUGUAAAGUAGCAGUAUUAUCAAAGAAUGAAGUACAAAACUCACAUUUUGUGUCGUUCUGCAAAUGGAUACAAAUAUCUUUAUACAUUUCUACAUUUAAAUUCUUUUUUUAAUGUUAUUUAUCUCAGACCUACUGAAAGGUAUUUGGUUUAACAUAGUAGGAUUAUUCCUUCAGGUUAUUAUUUCAGUGUCUAUUUGAAUGAAAUUAAUCAUUAGUCCUGCACUUAAUUUUGAAUUGUGUGAUUAUUCCAGUAUGCAUUCCAGUGGACUAGCCACAGUCACAUACUAACAACGUGUGAGAAUUGAAAAUUAUUAUUUUAUCGAAUUUUCAAUUUUUCUGUCUAGAAAACCAAAAUAUUGUUUCCUAAGAUUACACUGUUAAAAUUGUAGUAAUGCAUAACGAACUGAGCAUAAUAUUUUCUAAUUAUAAAACACAUACUCAAGUGCCUCUUCUUAAACUUCAGUUACAAUGUGUGUUAUAUGUGUGGACAUCAUGGUCUGAA